CUCGUUUGAUUGACAACUCAGGGCGGGCGCAGGUUGCAGUCUUGCUUGUUAUAUCUCGUAUAACUCUUUUUGUGUCCUGUAGGGCUGCACUGCUGUGUGUUUCACAAAGUCACAAUUUAUCGUUGGCGCGCGCUUCCGCUGCGUGGACGUGCUUCAAGCAGCAUGCAGAUGUCGCAAACUCUGAAGCAUGGAUGUGGAAGCAGUACGAUCCACCGCUCGCGCGGUCGGGAUGUGGCGCGCGUGGCCAUCCGGGGAAACGCCCCGGUCGCGUCGACCUCCGCUGGCAACAACGUUCCCCGCGCGCUUGUUUCGCCUGCCCUGAGCCUGGCUCGCCGCGGACCGGCACCUCCGGCCGCAGCCGCUGCUCCAGCGAUCGACGAGAGCAGCUACGCCGCGCCGCCGCUGCCCCAGACCUUCACUCACGCGCCGCACCUCAUCGCCUCCGCCCCCUCGCCUCACGGCCGCGGCGCUGUGGUGGUUCCUGACGGCAGCGGCGCUGUUUCUGUGAAGGUGUGGGCGCCGCACGCGGCGUCCGUGUCCGUGCUGCUUGGGGACUCUGGUGCCGAGGUGCCUCUUCACCGCGAGUGGGACGACUGGAGCGCUGUGCUGUCCCCUGGGUCGCUCAGCCCCCAGGGCGGCGCCUACUGCUUUCGGCUCACCACGCACGACGGCCACUCCUUCACACGCCGCGACCCCUACGCCCGAGCCACCGAGUACACCAGCGACUGGUGCUACGUGGACGACCCCGCCGCCUUCCAGUGGAGCGACCGCCCCGCCGGCAGCUCAUCCGCCUCCUCCCCGGCCCCCCCUCUGCCGCCCGUGCGGCACCUCGGCGACCUAGACCUACUGGGCAGUGCCGGCAGCGGCCUGGAGGAGGAGGAGGUGGAGCUGGUGGGGCAGGGGAAGCAGGAGCAGGGCGGCUGGCGGCCGCGGCCCUUUGACGAGUACAUCAUCUACGAGUGCUGCGUGGGCUCCUUCACACCCGAGGGCACUCUGGCCGCUGCCGCUGAACGGCUGGAGCACGUGGCCGCCGCCGGCUUCACAGCGGUGCAGCUGAUGCCACUGGCUGAGUACUCGGACGUGUGGGGCUACAACCCGCGACUGCUCAUGAGCCUGCACGGCAAGUACGGCAGCCCUGAGGACAUGCGGCGGUUCGUGGACCGCGCGCACCAGCUGGGCCUGGGCGUCAUCAUUGAUGUGGUGCUGCACCACGGUGCGGUGGACGGCAACAGCCUGUGGGAGUACGACGGCUGGGGCCCCGACUACAACGGAGGGAUCUACCACGAGGGAGGCCACGACACCAUGUGGGGCCGCGGCUUUGCCUUCUGGAAGCGCGAGGUGUAUGACAUGGUCCAGGCCGCCUGCGUCAUGUGGCUGGGCGACUACAGGUGUGACGGCCUUCGCUUCGACAGCGCCAACGACCUGCCGCGUGACACCAUCCAGGCGCUGACCUACCACCUGCACGAGCGCUUCCCCGGCCGCAUCCUCACCGCCGAGGUCACGCCCGAGAACCCGCAGAGUGUCCACGAGCUGGGCUUUGACAGCGUGUGGGUGCACAGCGGCUACUUUGACAUCAUCCAGCAGCACCGGGCUCUGGGCCGCGGCCACCACGGCGGCGGCGACUGGGCCGAGGGCUGGAACCUGCCGCGCCUGCGCACCGUCAUGGUGCUGCACUACGGCUUCACACACCCCACGCAGUGCAUCAAGUACCUCCUGGGCAGCCACGACCAGGUGGGCUGCCAUAACGGCGGCGCCUGGUACCAGGACCUGCAGAUGAUCGGCGGCCGCAAGAGAUACGCGGUGGACCAGUACGGCGGCGGUCGCGGCGACUGGCACGCGCGCUCCUGCAGCCGGCUGUGGUGGGCGGCCAACGUGGCGGCGGCGGGGCUGCCCAUGUGCUUCAUGGGGACGGAGUUCGCGCAGUCUGGCUGGUGGGACAACAACUCGGAGCGCGGCCUGAACUGGGAGCACACACAGGACGAGGUGGGCCAGCACAUGCUGGCGCUCUUCUCCACCGUCAACGGCCUGCGCACGCGCUUCCCCGCCCUGCGCCGCGGCUGGGCCAACAUCCUGCACGAGGACCGCGCCAACGGCGUUGUGGCGUUUGAGCGGGUGAUCGAGGGCGAGACGCGGCUGGUGUGUGUGAUCAACGCCGGCCGCAAGCACUGGGGCGCGGGCGACUACGGCGUGUGGGUGGGGCACGCCGAGGGGCGGCUGGAGGAGGUGUUCAACUCCCAGUCCCCCCUGUACGGUGGCAAUGUGGAGGCGCCCAGCGGCUUCUCCAACGAGCCCCGGCCCAUCUACGACGGCAAGAUCUGGAUCAACCUGCCGGAGCAGUGCACCAUCAUCUUCCAGCACAUGCUGUGAUCGCAGAUGCAAAGAUGACAACGUGACAGGAAAUGAGAUGAAAUGAGACGGCAUGCCCAGAGGAGAGAAGUGUUGAUGGUCAUUUAAAGGAGGGUGUAGGGCGAGCGGCGCACAGCCCACAAGCCUCGAGGCCGCCUGGGGCGCACUGAAGAACAAAAAGGAGUCCCAGCACAUGCUGUGGAAAAGAGUUAUGCGCAUUUUGGGCCUAAUAUGUGUGUGUGUUGGCACAUGCUGGCGCACGGGGCUGUUUGUGGUAAUUGUGGCUAGUGACAGCGACGGGGCACGCUCACACGUGCACUUGGCGAAUUCCAACAGCAACACGGAGCGGCCACACGUGGUGAGCUCCCCCUCAGCACAUGCUGUGGAGGGGCGGCGGUGUUCUGGUGCGGGUGGGAACGGUCACGUGGAGGCGUGGCCGUGGCGGUCACGUGCGACGACUGGGCGGGAGCUGCACUGGCGCAGGGAAUGGGUCGCGACUUUGCAAGGGAAGGCUGAGACGGUUGCUUUCAAGAUUGUGGGAGGUGUGGCACGGUGGUAUGGGCUUUUACAGGUGAGCCUGUGGAAAGGGUGCCUUGCGUUUUGUUGGCUGCAUGCCUUAUUUGCGCCUGGCAAGGCCCUGGGUUGGAGGGGUUUGUGUCCUCCUUCACACCCCUUGAUUAGAUGUCGCUGACAUCGCGCUGGCUGCCACUGGGUAACAACCCACGAACGAGGCUGCGCAAUUUUUGGAUCUUGCCCUGACACGGAGCAUGAAGCACAGGCACUAAAAGCAUGCUCCGGCAGGUUUUGUUGUGAUGCUUCCGGAAUCGUGUUUUGCUAAGAAGUGGUGUUGAAGCAAGUCCAGCUGUGUGUUCGUGCAUGUUAGUGUGAGGCGCAGUUGCACCAAUGUGCGCAGGUGCACAGCCAUAUGUUUGAUAGUUAAUCCUGGUGGGAGCCUUGCGGCGCACGCCCAAAGUUUCAUAGCAUGGGUUUCUGUUUGCAAGACAUUGUACAGUGAACGAAUGGAUGUAUCGUUAUGAAAUCGGUAUGCCCGAGGAGUCGUGCCGUCGAUGCCCUGCGGCGUCCUGUCGAGACUCGAGUGAGCGGGAGGGAGCGAAGGCAGGAGCAGGCGGGAGGGGGCAUGAGCAGGGGAGGAGAACGCCGGAGGGAGUGCCUGUGCCGGGCAAAUUGAUGCACGAGGGUCGCACAUGUGCGCGCAGCCAAUCUGCGCCAAGCCAGGUGAAACGCCGGAAACCGUGGGGUUUGGGGGUUUGGGCAGUGCCAGGCGAGGUGCCAGGCGACGAACAGAGCUGGAACAAAGUGCCCUUGAGAAUGCCCUUGAGAGUCGCCGCAAAACUGAUAAAACCGUCAAUCGGGGGUCCCAGCCAAGGACUCGGACCAAGAGUGAUUAUAUAUCCCUGCAUGCUCGGGCCUGGCUUUGGCCAUAGGACGAAUCCUGAGGGGCAGAGCAGGGCAGUGCAUGGCAUGAGUGCAUGGACCACCACCUGAACCAGAUGGGGUGCCAACCGCUGAUGCAUGCACAACAAUUGACAUGAGGAGGAAGAGGCUCUGAGCCGUGCUGGAUAGAACCACACAUGCAGGACUAACUCGAAGAGCUUUGGCGCGGUGCAACACCCACUCCGACCGGAGCUCAUCGCACCUUGCAAAGCAUGUUGUAACUUGGCUUGAUA